UAAUUGGGAUGAAUUUCUGUCACCUGUAGUAUUUGCAUAUAAUACAGGGACACAUUCAACAACUCAAUAUUCACCAUUUCAAUUAUUAUAUGGUCGAGAACCAAGAUUACCUACUGAUGGACCAAUAUCAUCAUUUACAUUUCAUAAACCAAAUGAUUAUUAUGAGCAAUUAAAGAAAAGUAUGAAAUUAAUACAUGGAUAUGCUCGUGAAAACAUUAUUCGUAAACAACAUCAAUAUAAAACUCAAUAUGAUAAACGACGUCCUGAUCCUCAUUAUGCAAUCAAAGAUCGUGUUUUAAUUAGAAGACAUGGAAUGAAAAAUAAAUUAGAACCAAAAUAUUCAGUUACACCACAAAUUAUUAUUCGAGAAAAAUAUCCCGUUUAUAUUGUUAAAGAUGAAAUAACUCAAUGUGAAACACGAGUACACAUAAAUGAUAUUAGACCCAUUUAUGUUUCAAGAUCAAAUUAA